UCCGAGAAUCAGGCACCCCGACAAGAUGCCCAAGCGCGCGCACUGGGGGGCCCUCUCCGUGGUGCUGAUCCUGCUUUGGGGCCAUCCGCGAGUGGCGCUGGCCUGCCCGCAUCCUUGUGCCUGAUACGUCCCCAGCGAGGUCCACUGCACGUUCCGAUCCCUGGCUUCCGUGCCCGCUGGCAUUGCUAAACACGUGGAAAGAAUCAAUUUGGGGUUUGUACCACUUUCUUCCCGAACCUUCCCACUGUCAGUGCGAAUUCUGAAGUGUAAAAAGGACAAAGCUUAUGAAGGCGGUCAGUUGUGUGCAAUGUGCUUCAGUCCAAAGAAGUUGUACAAACAUGAGAUUCACAAGCUGAAGGACCUGACUUGUCUGAAGCCUUCCAUAGAGUCUCCUCUGAGACAGAACAGGAGCAGGAGUAUUGAGGAGGAGCAAGAACAGGAAGAGGAUGGUGACAGCCAGCUCAUCCUGGAGAAAAUCCAACUUCCCCAGUGGAGCAUCUCUUUGAAUAUGACUGAUGAGCACGGGAACAUGGUGAACUUGGUGUGUGACAUCAAGAAACCAAUGGAUGUGUACAAAAUUCACUUGAACCAAACAGAUCCUCCAGAUAUUGACAUAAAUGCAAUGGUUGCCUUGGACUUUGAGUGUCCAAUGACCCAGGAAAACUAUGAAAAUCUAUGGAAAUUGAUAGCAUACUACAGUGAAGUUCCCAUGAAGCUACAUAGAGAGCUCAUGCUCAGCAAACACCCCAGAGUCAGCUACCAGUACAGGCAGGAUGCUGAUGAAGAAGCUCUUUACUACACAGGUGUGAGAGCCCAGAUUCUUGCAGAACCAGAAUGGGUCAUGCAGCCAUCCAUAGAUAUCCAGCUGAACCGACCUCAGAGUACGGCCAAGAAGGUGCUACUUUCCUACUACAACCAGUAUUCUCAAACAAUAGCCACGAAAGAUACAAGGCAGGCUCGGGGCAGAAGCUGGGUAAUGAUUGAGCCUAGUAGAGCUGUGCAAAAAGAUCAGACUGUCCUGGAAGGGGGUCCAUGCCAGUUGAGCUGCAAUGUGAAAGCUUCUGAGAGUCCAUCUAUCUUCUGGGUGCUUCCAGAUGGCUCCAUCCUGAAAGUGCCUGUGGAUGACCCAGACAGCAAGUUCUCCAUUCUCAGCAGUGGCUGGCUGAGGAUCAAGUCCAUGGAGCCAUCUGACUCGGUUGCUCAAGUGAGGGAUGAAAUGGACCGCAUGGUAUAUAGGGUACUUGUGCAGUCUCCCUCCACUCAGCCAGCUGAGAAAGACACAGUGACAAUUGGCAAGAACCCAGGGGAGCCAGUGAUGUUGCCUUGCAAUGCUUUAGCUAUACCCGAAGCCCACCUUAGCUGGAUUCUUCCAAACAGAAGGAUAAUUAAUGAUUUGGCUAACACAUCACAUGUAUACAUGCUGCCAAAUGGAACUCUUUCCAUCCCAAAGAUCCAAGUCAGUGAUAGCGGUUACUACAGAUGUGUGGCUGUCAACCAGCAUGGGGCAGACCAUAUCACGGUGGGAAUCACAGUGACCAAGAAAGGUUCUGGCUCGCCAUCCAAAAGAGGCAGAUGCCCAGGUCCAAAGGCUCUUUCCAGAGUGAGAGAAGACAUCGUGGAGGUUGAAGGGGUCUCAGGCACGGGAGAUGAAGAGAACACUUCAAGGAGACUUCUACAUCCAAAGCACCAAGAGGUGUUCCUCAAAACAAAGGAUGAUGCCAUCAAUGGAGAUAAGAAAGCCAAGAAAGGGAGAAGAAAGCCGAAACUCUGGAAGCAUUCAGAAAAAGAACCAGAGACCAGUGUUGCAGAAGGUCUCAGAGUGUUUGAAUCAAGACGAAGGAUAAACAUGGCAAACAAACAGAUUAAUCCGGAGCACUGGGCUGAUAUUUUAGCCAAAGUCCUUGGGAAAAAUCUCCCUAUAGGCACAGAAGUAUCCCCAAUUAUUAAAACCACAAGUUCUCCAUUCUUGAGCCUAGCAGAACCACCUUUGCCUGCUGUUUCUCCCCCCUUGGCAUCUCCAAUACAGACAGCAACAAGUGCUGAAGAAUCCUCAGCAGAUGUACCUCUACUCAGCGAAGGAAAGCACAUUUUGAGUACCAUUUCCUCAGCCAGCAUGGGACUAGAACACCACAACAAUGGAGUUAUUCUUGUUGAACCUGAAGUAACAAGCACACCUCUGGAAGAAGUUGUUGAUGAGUAUUCCAAGAAGACUGAGGAGAUAACUUCCACUGAAGGCGACCUGAAGGGGACUGCAGCCUCUACACUUAUAUCUGAGCCUUAUGAACCAUCUCCUACUCUGCACACCUUAGACACAGUCUAUGAAGAGCCCACCCAUGAAGAGACGGAAACAGAGGGUUGGUCUGCAGCAGAUGUUGGAUCCUCACCAGAUCCCACACCCAGUGAGUAUGAGCUUCCAUUGGUUGUUGUCUCCUUGGCUGAGUCUGAGCCUGUGCAAUACUUUGACCCAGAUUUGGAGACUAAUUCACAACCACAUGAGGAUAACAUAAAAGAAUACAGUUUUGCACACCUUACUCCAACCACCACCAUCUGGGUUAAUGACUCUAGUACAUCACUGUCAUUUGAGGAUUCUACUGUAGGGGAACAAGGUGUCCCAGGCAAAUCACAUCUACAAGGACCGACAGAGAACAUCCAGCUUGUGAAAAGUAGUUUAAGCACUCAAGACACCUUACUGAUUAAAAAGGGUAUGAAAGAGAUGUCUCAGACACUACAGGGAGGAAAUAUGCUAGAGGGAGACCCUACACACUCCAGAAGUUCUGAGAAUGAGGGCCAAGAGAGCAAAUCCAUCACUUUACCUGACUCCACACUGGGUAUAAUGAGCAGUACGUCUCCAGUUAAGAUCACCCUGCUACACAAAGACACCACAACAGAAACAACUCCAAGGCAAAAAGUGGCUUCAUCAUCCACCAUGAGCACUCACCCUUCUCGAAGGAGACCCAAUGGGAGAAAAUUACACCCUCACAAAUUCCACCACCGGCACAAGCAAACCCCACCCACAACUUUUGCCCCAUUAGAGACUUUUUCUACUCAACCAACUCAAGCAACUGACAUUAAGAUUUCAAAUCAAAUGGAGAGUUCCCUGGUUCCUACGUCUUGGGAGAUUAACACAGUUAAUACCCCCAAACAGCUGGAAAUGGAGAAUAAUGUGGAGCUCAUAUCAAAGGGAACUCCACGGAGAAAACACGGGAAGAGGCCAAACAAACAUUGAUAUACCCCUUCUACAGUGAGCUCAAGAGCAUCUGCAUCCAAGCCCAGCCCUUCUCCAGAAAAUAAACAUAGAAACAUUGUUACUCCCAGUUCAGAAACUACACUUUUGCCUAGAAAUGUUUCUCUGAAAACUGAGGGCGUUUAUGAUUCCUUAGGUUACACGACAACCACCAGAAAAAUACAUUCAUCUUACCAUAAAGUCCAAGACACACUUCCAGUCAUGUAUAAACCCACAUCAGAUAGAAAAGAAAUUCAGGAUGAUGUUGCCACAAAUGUUGACAAACAUAAAAGUGACAUUUUAGUCCCUGGUGAGUCAAUUACUAACGUCACACCAACUUCUUGCUCCUUGGUCUCCACUAUGGGAGAAUUUAAGGAAGAAUCCUCUCCUGUGGGCUUUCCAGAAAUUCCAACCUGGAAUCCCUCAAGGACAGCUCAGCCUGGGAGGCUACAGACAGACAUACAUGUUACCACUUCUGGGGAAACCCCUACAGACCCUCCCCUUGUUAACGAGCUUGAGGAUGUGGAUUUUACUUCUGAGUUUUUGUCCUCUGUGACAGUCUCCACACCAUUUCACCAGGAAGAAGCUGGUUUUUCCACAAUUCUCUCAAGCAUAAAAGUGGAGAUGGCUUCAAGUCAGGUAGAAACUACCACCCUUGGUCAAGAUCAUCAUGAAACCACUGUGGCUAUUCUCCACUCUGAAACUAGACCACAGAAUCACAUCCCUACUGCUGCCCGCAUGAAGGAGCCAACAUCCUUUUCCCCUCCUAUGAUUCUCCUGACUUUGGGACAAACCACCACCACUAAGCCAGAACUUCUCAGUCCAAGAACAUCUCAAAUAUGUAAAGAUUCCAAGGAAAAUGUUUUCUUGAAUUACAUGGGGAAUCCAGAAACAGAAGCAACCCCAGUGAACAAUGAAGGAACACAGUGUAUAUCAGGGCCAAAUGAAUUAUCAACACCAUCUUCUGACCAGGAUGCAUUUAACUUGUCUACAAAGCUAGAAUUGGAAAAGCAAGUAUUUGAUAGUAGGAGUCUAACACGUGGCCCAGAUAGCCACCACCAGGAUGGAAGAGUUCAUACUUCUCAUCAACUAACCAGAAUCCCUGCCAAACCCAUCCUACCAACAGGAACAGUGAGGCUGCCUGAAAUGUCCACACAAAGCACUUCCAGAUCCUUUGUAACUUUCCAGCCACCUCAUCACAGGACCAACAAACCAGAAAUAACUACAUAUCCUUCUAGGGCUUUGCCAGAGAGCAAACAGUUUACAACUCCAAGAGUAGCAAGUACAACUCCUCUCCUAUCACACAUGUCCAAACCCAGCAUUUCUAGUAAGUUUGCUGACCUAAGAACUGACCAAUCCAAUGGCUCCUACAAAGUGUUUGGAAAUAGCAACAUCCCUGAGGCAAGAAACUCAGUUGGGAAGCCUCUCAGUCCAAGAAUUUCUCAUUAUUCCAAUGGAAGACUCCCUUUCUUUACCAACAGGACUCUUUCUUUUCCACAGUUGGGAAUCACCCGGAGACCCCAGAUACCCUCUUCUCCUGUCCCAGUAAUGAGAGAGAGAAAAGUUAAUCCAGGUUCCCACAAUAGGAUAUAUUCCCAUAGCACCUUCCAUCUGGACUUUGGCCCUCCGGCACCUCCGUUGUUGCACACUCCGCAGACCACGAGAUCACCCUCAACUAACUUACAGAAUAUCCCUAUGGUCUCUUCCACCCAGAGUUCUGUCUCCUUUAUAACAUCUUCUGUCCAGUCCUCAGGAAGCAUCCACCAAAGCGGCUCAAAGUUCUUUGCAGGAGGACCGCCUGCAUCCAAAUUCUGGCCUCUUGGGGAAAAGCCCCAAAUCCUCACCAAGUCCCCACAGACUGUGUCUGUCACUGCUGAAACGGACGCUGUGUUCCCGUGUGAGGCAAUAGGAAAACCAAAGCCUUUCGUUACUUGGACAAAAGUUUCCACACGAGCUCUUAUGACUCCAAACACCAGGAUACAACGGUUUGAGGUUCUCAAGAACGGUACCUUAGUGAUAAGGAAGGUUCAAGUGCAAGAUCGAGGCCAGUAUAUGUGCACCGCCAGCAACCUGUACGGCCUGGACAGAAUGGUGGUCUUGCUCUGGGUCACCGUGCAGCAACCUCAAAUCCUAGCCUCCCACUACCAGGACGUCACCGUCUACCUGGGAGACACCAUUGCAAUGGAGUGUCUGGCGAAAGGGACCCCAGCCCCCCAAAUUUCCUGCAUCUUCCGCGACAGGAGGGUGUGGCAAACUGUGUCCUCCGUGGAGGGCCGUAUCACCCUGCACCAAAACCGGACCCUUUCCAUCAAGGAGGCGUCCUUCUCAGACAGAGGCAUCUAUAAGUGCGUGGCCAGCAACGCAACCCGGGCGGACAGCGUGUCCAUCCGCCUACACGUGGCGGCACUGCCCCCCAUUAUCCACCAGGAGAAGCUGGAGAACAUCUCGCUGCCCCCGGGGCUCAGCAUUCACAUUCACUGCACUGCCAAGGCUGCGCCCCUGCCCAGCGUGCGCUGGGUGCUCGGGGACGGUACCCAGAUCCGCCCCUCGCAGUUCCUCCACGGGAACUUGUUUGUUUUCCCCAACGGGACGCUCUACAUCCGCAACCUCGCGCCCAAGGACAGCGGGCGCUAUGAGUGCGUGGCCGCCAACCUGAUCGGCUCCGCGUGCAGGACCGUGCAGCGCGCAGCAGCCAACGUGCAGCGCGCAGCAGCCAACGUGCAGCGCGCAGCAGCCAACGUGCAGCGCGCAGCAGCCAACGUGCAGCGCGCAGCAGCCAACGUGCAGCGCGCAGCAGCCAACGUGCAGCGCGCAGCAGCCAACGUGCGCAUCACGGGCACCUCCUCGCGGAGGACGGACGUCAGGUACGGAGGGACCCUCAAGCUGGACUGCAGCGCCUCGGGGGAUCCCUGGCCGCGCAUCCUCUGGAGGCUGCCGUCCAAGAGGACGAUCGACGCGCUUUUCAGUUUUGAUAGCAGAAUCAAGGUGUUUGCCAAUGGGACCCUGGUGGUGAAAUCAGUGAUGGACAAAGAUGCCGGAGAUUACCUGUGCGUAGCUCGAAAUAAGGUUGGUGAUGACUACGUGGCGCUCAAGGUGGAUGUGGUGAUGAAACCGGCCAAGAUUGAACACAAGGAGGAGAACGACGACAAAGUCUUGUACGGGGGUGACCUGAAAGUGGACUGUGUGGCCACCGGGCUUCCUAAUCCCGAGAUCUCCUGGAGCCUCCCAGACGGGAGUCUGGUGAACUCCUUCAUGCAGUCGGAUGACAGCGGUGGACGCACCAAGCGCUAUGUCGUCUUCAACAAUGGGACACUCUACUUUAACGAAGUGGGGAUGAGGGAGGAAGGAGACUACACCUGCUUUGCUGAAAAUCAGGUCGGGAAGGACGAGAUGAGAGUCAGAGUCAAGGUGGUGACAGCGCCCGCCACCAUCCGGAACAAGACUUACUUGGCGGUUCAGGUGCCCUAUGGAGAUGUGGUCACUGUAACCUGUGAGGCCAAAGGAGAACUGCCCAAGGUGACUUGGUUGUCCCCAGCCAACAGGGUGAUCCCCACCUCCUCUGAGAAGUAUCAGAUAUACCAAGAUGGCACUCUCCUUAUUCAGAAAGCCCAGCGUUCUGACAGCGGCAACUACACCUGCUUGGUCAGGAACAGCGCGGGAGAGGAUAGGAAGACGGUGUGGAUUCACGUCAACCUCCAGCCACCCAAGAUCAACGGUAACCCCAACCCCAUCACCACUGUGCGGGAGAUAGCAGCCGGGGGCAGUCGGAAACUGAUUGACUGCAAAGCUGAAGGCAUCCCCACCCCGAGGGUGUUAUGGGCUUUUCCCGAGGGUGUGGUUCUGCCAGCUCCAUACUAUGGAAACCGGAUCACUGUCCAUGGCAACGGUUCCCUGGACAUCAGGAGUUUGAGGAAGAGUGACUCCGUCCAGCUGGUAUGCAUGGCACGCAACGAGGGAGGGGCGGCCAGGUUGAUCGUGCAGCUCACUGUCCUGGAGCCCAUGGAGAAACCCAUCUUCCACGACCCGAUCAGCGAGAAGAUCACGGCCAUGGCGGGCCACACCAUCAGCCUCAACUGCUCUGCCGCGGGGACCCCGACACCCAGCCUGGUGUGGGUCCUUCCCAAUGGCACCGAUCUGCAGAGUGGACAGCAGCUGCAGCGCUUCUACCACAAGGCUGACGGCAUGCUACACAUUAGCGGUCUCUCCUCGGUGGACGCUGGGGCCUACCGCUGCGUGGCCCGCAAUGCCGCUGGCCACACGGAGAGGCUGGUCUCCCUGAAGGUGGGACUGAAGCCAGAAGCAAACAAGCAGUAUCAUAACCUGGUCAGCAUCAUCAAUGGUGAGACCCUGAAGCUCCCCUGCACCCCUCCCGGGGCUGGGCAGGGACGUUUCUCCUGGACGCUCCCCAAUGGCAUGCAUCUGGAGGGCCCCCAAACCCUGGGACGCGUUUCUCUUCUGGACAAUGGCACCCUCACGGUUCGUGAGGCCUCGGUGUUUGACAGGGGUACCUAUGUAUGCAGGAUGGAGACGGAGUACGGCCCUUCGGUCACCAGCAUCCCCGUGAUUGUGAUCGCCUAUCCUCCCCGGAUCACCAGCGAGCCCACCCCGGUCAUCUACACCCGGCCCGGGAACACCGUGAAACUGAACUGCAUGGCUAUGGGGAUUCCCAAAGCUGACAUCACGUGGGAGUUACCGGAUAAGUCGCAUCUGAAGGCAGGGGUUCAGGCUUGUCUGUAUGGAAACAGAUUUCUUCACCCCCAGGGAUCACUGACCGUCCAGCAUGCCACACAGAGAGAUGCCGGCUUCUACAAGUGCAUGGCAAAAAACAUUCUCGGCAGUGACUCCAAAACAACUUACAUCCACCUCUUCUGAAAUGUGGAUUCCAGGAUGAUUGCUCAGGAACUGACAACAAAGCGGGGUUUGUAAGGGAAGCCAGGCUGGGGAAUCGGAGCUCUUAAAUAAUGUGUCACAGUGCAUGGUGGCCCCCUGUGGGUUUCAAGUUGAGGUUGAUCUUGAUCUACAAUUGUUGGGAAAAGGAAGCAAUACAGACAUGAGUAAAAGGGCUCAGCCUCACUGAGAACUUUCUUUUGUGUUUACAUCAUGCCAGGGGCUUCAUUCAGGGUGUCUGUGCUCUGACUGUAAUUUUUAUUUUUUUGCAAAUGUCAUUCAACUGCCUGCAUAAGUGUCCGUAGGAUAUCUGAGGAAAGUUCACCAAAAAUAAGCCAUAGACAUGAACAACACCUCACUACCCCAUUGAAGAUGCAUCACCUAGUUAACCUGCUGCAGUUUUUACAUGAUAGACUUUGUUCCAGAUUGACAAGUCAUUUUUCAGUUAUUUCCUCUGUCACUUCAAAAUUCCAGCUUGCCCAAUAAGGAUUUAGAACUAGAGUGAUUGUUAUAUAUAUAAAUUAUAUAUAUAUAAAUUUAUAUAAUUUGUAUAUAUAAAAUUUAUAAAUAAUAUAUAUAUUUUAAUUCAGAGUUACAUACAUACAGCUACCAUUUUAUAUGAAAAAAACAUUUCUUCCUGGAACCCACUUUUUAUGUAAUUUUUUAAUAUAAAUAUUUUUCCUUUCAAAACAGAUGAUGAGACUAGAAGGAGAAAUACUUUCUGUCUCAUUAAAAUUAAUAAAUGAUUGGUCUUUACAAGACUUGGAUACAUUACAGCAGACAUGGAAAUAGAAUUUUAAACAAUUCCUCUCCAACCUCCUUCAAAUUCAGUCACUACUGUUAUGUUACUUUCUCCAGCAACCCUGCACUGGCGAAGGCUGUGAUAUUAGAUUUCCUUGUAUGCAAAGUUUUUGUUGAAAGCUGUGCUCAGCGGAGGUGAGAGGAGAGGAGGAGAAAACUGCAUCAUAUCUUUCCAGAAUUGAAUCUAGAGUCUUCCCUGGAAAGCCCAGAAACUUCUCUGCAGUAUCUGACUUGUCCAUCUGGUCUAAGGUGGCUGCUGCUUCCGCAACCAUGAGUUAGUCUGUGCCCAUGAAUAAUACAAGAUCUGUUAUUUCCAUGACUGCUUUACUGUAAUUUUAGGGUCAAUAUACUGUACAUUUGAUAAUAAAAUAUGUUCUCC